ACUGAACCAGACCGUACGCGAGCCGUCGACAAAUGUGAACCCAGCCUUUCAACCCCCGUCACUCCUCCAGUUCUCCCUUUAUCAAAGCAUUUUCGCCCACCCUUCAUCCCCUCACGCCGAGAGCAAAAACCAAAAAAGGAAAACGAUUUCGCCGGUCGGAGCAUCUCAUGCCAUUUAACAAAGCCAGAGGUCCCCGGCUCCGGCGACGGCUGGUUCAAGGCUGGCGAUGGAUGCUCCCCGGCCGGUCGACAGCUUACAGCCUCCUCGAACCGCCGAGCUACCAGUUCACUGAGGAAAACAGCGGUUCACCCCCGGGAAUGGAGAAGCUAGCGCGGUGGGUCCUAUCGCUGAAGCACCGGCUCAAGAAACCGAAGCUGGUCGUCGGCGGCGAAGGAGAGAAGCGGCCGCCGAAGGGACAUUUGGUGGUGUACGUUGGCGGCGGGGAGAAGGGGGUAGUGGACGCGCAGCCGAAGCGUUACGUUGUGCCAGUGGUAUACUUUAACCAUCCGCUGUUCGGAGAGCUUCUUAGGGAGGUCGAGGAGGAGUUCGGGUACCGGCAUCCGGGAGGGAUCACAAUACCCUGUUCUGUUUACCGGUUCGAGCGUGUAAAGGCACGAAUCGCCGGCGACUCCUGCGGCUAGAGGAGUGGUCUCCGGCGAUGCUACUGUUCCUAGCAUUGAAAAUCGUGCCGUCUUUUUUUUUUUUUGGGAAAAAUAAUCUGCCGUCUUUCGCUCCGUCUAAAGUUCUAAACU